AUGAUAACGCGGAGAUCACCAACCUGCCUGGGCUGCCUUCGGAGGGCCCUUGCCCCCAGUAUAAAUGGCAGCAGCAGCAACAACGCCUCCGUGGCCCUCACGCAGGUCCGUGGAAAGACCAAGGCGGCGCGAGAAAAGGACGAAGAGGGCGGCGUCGUCGUCCGGCUGCUCCAGAACGUUCCCGAAUAUGGACCUAAAAACACCAUCCUCCGUGCCCCAAGAGGUCGCGUCCGAAACGUUUGGUACCCGGGCGGCAAGGUCGAGUACAUGACGCCCCAGCGCUUCACUGAGUUGGGCGUCGACCAGUCCGUCAUCGUCGAACGAGACCCCAUGUUCGGCCUGGAGGUCGAGAAGCCGGUCGAGAAGAAGAAGGUCGCCAAGGCCAAGACUGCCAAUGACAAGGUGGUCAAGAUCGAGCCGCCCAAGCCUCAAGAAGCCACCGCCCUCCUGAACAACCUGCUACCCACGGCCCUGAUCUUUGAGCGCGCCGCGGUCCCCGCGGGCAGCAAGACCAGACAAGACAGCCCCCCGGCGGAGCCCAACGUGUACCGAUCCCCGCUGGUGGCGCGCAACGCGAGCGUGUCGCACGAGUCUGCCGCCAACGCGCCGCCGCAGCCCAUCGCCAUCUUUGGCUCCGUCAGCACCGCCGACGUGGCCGCCCACGUCAAGGAGCUGCUCUCAGCCCACCGCAUCGCGUCGCUCAUCGCCAUCGAGGCCAAGCACGUCAACAUCGUGGGCGCACUGCUCGACGACGGCGAGGUCAUCCGCGCCGACAACCCCGCAACCGCCGCCGUCGCCGCCGUCGAGGGCGACAAGGUCAAGCAGCUGGGCAGGUGGGAGAUCGCCAUCGAGGUCCCAGGCGGCGCCAAGGCUGGCGUCAGACCCAUCAGGAGGAUUUUGGAAGUUGUGGAUAUGGGGGACAAGACUUUCCUAUAA